GAAAAGAGGAGGUUUGCCUGCUUUUGUUACUACGUUUCGCCACACUCCGAAAUAUUAAUGUCUCGUCCAAGUCUAUUUGAAAAGUCUGUGGUUGAAUGGCGAUGUGUUUUACGUACAUUGUUCAGCAGGAACAAUUCCAAACCGGUAGGUGGCGCGUCGCUCGUGAGAGGCCGGUUGACUCGUCAUGAGUUGAGUCCCAGAAGAAGUAAUUUGUCAAUCGCCCAGUCUCGGCAAGUGUCUGCCUGGCCACCGCGGCAAGUCUGCCCGAAGACGCCCACCCUCUCCCGGGUCCUGGACCGAACUCUCCCCGUUCCCGUGGCAGCAGAAAGCCGUUCCCGGUCAUGGCGACGAGUGCGAAGCGAAAACAGGAGGAGACUCAUCUGAAGAUGCUCCGGGAAAUGACGAGCCUGCCCGCGAAUAGGAAAUGCUUCGACUGCGACCAGCGCGGCCCGACCUAUGUCAACAUGACAGUGGGCUCCUUCGUCUGCACCACCUGCUCUGGCAUCCUGCGAGGGCUGAACCCCCCACACAGAGUCAAGUCCAUUUCGAUGACCACAUUCACACAGCAAGAAAUCGAGUUCCUACAGAAACACAGCAACGAGGUCUGUAAACACAUCUGGUUGGGCCUCUAUGACGACAGGACAUCAGUUGUUCCAGACUUCAGAGAGCCACAGAAAGUCAAAGAGUUCCUCCAGGAAAAAUAUGAAAAGAAAAGAUGGUACGUCCCUCCGGACCAGGCGAGGGCGGUAGCGAGCGUCCAGGCCUCAGUGUCUGGCUCCUCGGCCAGCAGCACUGGCAGCACCCCAGAAGUCCAACCUCUAAAGACUCUUCACCUCAACAAGACCCCACUCCGUCAAUCUCCAGGCCUGGCCCGGUCCCACGCUCACAGCGCCGCCCAGGAGAAGAAGUUCGACCUGCUGUCGGACCUGGGGGGCGACAUCUUUGCCGCGCCGCCAAGUCAGACCGCCAGCUCCACUAACUUUGCCAACUUUGCACAUUUUCAGAGCCAGCCAGCGCCGCCUCAGGGUAACUCAAACACCAACUUUGCCAACUUUGAUGCAUUUGGAAACACUGCAAUUCCAUCCUAUCUGAGCACAUCACCCCCCUCAAAGUCCCAUUCAUCAGGAGGUGGCGUGCCAAUCCCGUCUCUGUCCAGUGCUGUUCCUGCCCAGUCGCAGCCCGGGAGCUGCACAGAGGACCGCUAUGCUGCUCUGGCCGAGCUGGACAACGAGCUCAGCUCCUCGGCAUCCACGGGCAGCAGUGUGCAGGGGAAUUUGUUUGGGCCGGUGCUUGGUUCCUCCCCAGCCCAGAAUCCAGCGGUUCUACCUGGAAUGCAGCCAGGAUUUGGCGGUAAACCCUCCGCCGUCGCGUCCACAAACCCUUUUGUUGCCGCUGCCGUGGCUCCGGAGAUGGCCACCAAUCCGUUCCAGACCAAUGGAAGAGGGCCGGCUGCAGCUUCCUUCGGUACGGGCUCUAUGAGCAUGCCCGCCGGCUUUGGAAACGCCUCUUCCUACUGCCUCCCAACCAGUUACAGCGGAACCUUCCAGCAGCAGUUCCCUGGCCAGGCUCCCAUCCCUUACUCUCAGCCCGGGGCCUACCACCCUCAGUCCAAUGGUCCAGCAUUUCCAGUCUACGGUCCGAACAAAGCCUCCAUGACGCCAUUUGUCCAGCCCAUGGCUGCGCCUGGCCUGUCCAAUAAUCCGUUCAUGGCGGGAGCUCCAGCCGGGCCGUUCCCAACAGGGUCUUCCUCCACCAACCCCUUCCUGUAGCACAGCUCCCAGUCCUCACCAGCAGAGGGCAGCAUGCAGCACAUAUUCCACAGUUGUCACACUAUUAGUGGCAGUACAUUUCCUGAAAAGACUUUCUCAAGCAAGUUUACACGGCGAUGAAGGAGGACAAAGGACUAUAUUGAAUACUAGACUGUUAUUGGGGGGGGAUGUACUGUUUGGACUAUAUAUGAUAGAAUAUUAUAUACUUUUUAUUAUUUGUUCAUGACUGUAAGCUUUGUGCAUAUCAUCAUUUGUAUUCAGACAUAAGUAUAUAUAUAACUAUGGGGAGUAUACACACACCUUGUGGAGAAACCACUGCAUAUUAUUGCAAGUAACCAAUUUUAAUAUUCUUUCCAUCAUCUGUGGUUGUAUGAAAGUGUGGGAAUGCAGUUUUUUUUUAAAGGGAUGCAGAUUUACAACUGCCAUGAGAGAAAGGUCACGCUGCCGACUGAGCGGUUGAAAGUGAGGCCACCAGUUUUGCGAACUUCUGCAAGCACAAAUCAAAGGCAUCAAGGCCACGCCCGCUUUGUCCUGUAAGUCAAACAUGAAUGGAAGGUUAUUACAGACCUCCAGCAAUGGUUAAAGGUGUCGCGGGUGACACCUGACCAAAUUUCCCUCUCGCAUGAGCGGAGGAGUCCGAGACACCUCGGUUGUCUCACUACAGGAGGUGAGAGCGGCUCGAACCUGGAGAGGUGUCCGUUUAUACAAACUGUCGUGUCCGUCGUGGGUCUUUGUAGCUGAAAUAUAGCUGCCAUUUUAACCUAAAAGAUACUGUGCUGAAAUGACAAUUCUGUUUUUACUUGUUUUACUGACUUUUAAUGAACUUGGGUUCCCAUUUGUGCCACCAAUAACUAACUGUUAAUGUGUCUCUUGGCUUUGCAAGGAUAGGUAAGUGAUGUGUACAUAUAUAAAUAUAUGUAUAAAUAAAUUAAAGGAUUUUUAACAAAUGA